UGUGUGUGUGUGUGUGUGUGUGUGUGUGUGUGUGUGUGUGUGGGAGUGGGAGAACGACGCCGGCAGUUGGACCGCAUACGACACUGAGGUGGGCAUUGCCAUCCAGGCAGCGUGUGAUCGUCAGCAGUCGUGUCUGGACCUGGCGCCUCUGGGUUUCUGCUACCUCAUUGACUUUGAAAACAUGACCCAAAUCAAUGGGCAGACGCAGCGCUGCAGGAGAAUCCAGCGCCGCUCAGACCUUGCCUACCCACUGGUUUCCGGGCCCUUACCCAAGUCCCACCAUGCGUGGGGACCCAUGUCCAUGCCCGGACACGGGGGACUUCUCGGUGUUGAUGUUUCCAGUGUUGGCACGGGGACGAUGAGGAUGAGCAGCGCUGGGAUGGGAAAUGGGAGCGCCUACCCCAGCGGGGCGCUUCCUGCUUCGGCCAUCACCUCUUUAGGACAGCCCUGCGCUUGUCAGCAGUGUAUGUUGAUGCUAAGCAUCAAAGCGGGGACCAUGACAACAGCACAAACUCUGGGUCGAAGACCGCCACCGACCAAACCCCCCAGUCCCAAGCUGAGCAGCUACCCUGUCCCAGGAAGUGCUUACUCCCUAACACUCCCUCGACCACCAGCACUGUCCAGAUCUCUGUCCCCAAACAGGACRUCUUUAGUUGGGGCGAUGGGUGGCUACAGUGUAGCUGGUACAGGCGGAGGAGGGGGGAUGGGUAUUAUUGGUGCGGGGGGUGUUGGUGGUACCGGCUUCAGUUUUGGAGGAGGCUACCCCCACUCUCUUUCCCUUCUCGGGCCAGCCACUGCAGCGCUCUCCCUCUCUUCGAGUCGCCCCCCGCCCCCCACUCUCCCACCUCCUCCGCCGCCACCUCCUCCACCCUCAACCGCUCCCUCGUCGGCCGCCGUCCUACCCCCUCCACCCCCCGCCUCCUCCUCCCUCUCCAUUUCUUGUUCCGCCCCCACAGUGCCCACCCCAGCCCCACCUCUCAUCUCCACCGCUGCCUCCACCUGCACACCGUCGCCUUCUGCCCGGGUUCUGGGCCCGGUGUCUUCAUCUGGUGCUGCCGCCUGUGCCGCCCCGCUGCCACCGCGGUCCAGCCUGGCAGGUCUGAGCCGUCCUGCACUGCAGCGUAUCGCCAUGGCCCAGUCACGAGCACUCAUCGCCUCAGGAGUGCCAACGGUUCCCGUGAAGAACCUAAAUGGAUCCAGUCCUGUGCACCCAGCCCUGGCAGGCAUUACAGGCAUUCUGAUGAGUGCCGCAGGACUUCCUGUCUGCCUGACGCGCCCUCCAAAGCUGGUGCUUCAUCCUCCACCUGUCAGCAAGAGUGACAUCAAACCUGUGCCCGGUCUGGGUCACUGCUGUCGCAAAACCACAAAGAAACAAGCCCGGAAAGGGAAAACACCUGAGGAAGUGGUGAAGCGUUACCUUCAGAAAGUCCGUAAUCCUCCAGAGGAGGACUGCACCAUCUGCAUGGAGGCGCUGUCCGGACCAUCAGGCUACAAGGGUCCUGGCGUGGGUGGCAUCUCCCGGGCCGAGUCGGUGGGCCGCCUGGCUCAAUGUGGUCACCAGUACCACCUCCAGUGCCUCGUCGCCAUGUACAACAAYGGCAAUAAGGACGGCAGCCUGCAGUGUCCUACGUGCAAAACCAUUUAUGGAGUCAAGACCGGCAAUCAGCCCCCCGGCAAGAUGGAGUACCACGUCAUCCCCCACUCGCUGCCGGGACAUCCUGACUGCAAAACCAUCCGGAUCAUCUACAACAUCCCUCCUGGCAUCCAGGGUCCCGAGCACCCAAAUCCCGGAAAACCAUUCACUGCGCGUGGGUUUCCCAGACACUGCUACCUUCCCGACAGCGAGAAGGGGCGCAAGGUUCUGAGGCUGCUCCUGGUGGCGUGGGACCGCAGGCUCAUCUUCUCCGUGGGCACAUCCAGCACCACCGGCGAGUCCGACACCGUCAUCUGGAACGAGGUGCACCACAAGACCGAGUUUGGCUCCAACCUCACGGGCCACGGCUACCCCGACCCGGGCCACUUGGACAACGUUCUGGAGGAGCUGAGGGCUCAGGGGAUCACCGAGGAGGAGUGUCUACCCAGGGACUGAGCGCAGACUUUCAACAGCCACAUGAUGCAACGAGAGGAGAAACUUCUGGAGGGGGUGGUGAAMUUGGAAAGCAGAGCUGUUGCAGAAAUGGUCUCAGCUCCUUCUGGCUGCACGAGACUCUUCUUUUCAGACGUUUGAGGUCACUGUGCUCACCCGAGUCAAUAUCAGUUUAAAAAAAAAGAGCUGCCAUUUUACACAGAGAGACUCCAUAACAGAGAGACUAGACAAGAAUGUAUUUGUUUUUCUUUUCAGUAAUUAUGAUGUGUUUAUUGUUGCUGCUGCUAAGUGGGACUGAAGGAGAAGUAAUACAAAGAAAGAUAAUAUUUUUAUGUGGAACUGAGGGGGUUAAGGGUGGGUUAUAAACAAAGAAAAGUGUUUUUAUUUUUAUUUUCUAAGCAGAACAUCCUUUGAACUUCAAAGAAAUGCUUCACUGGAAACCUGAGCAUCUAUAUCUGCUGCCCUCUUGUGGCACUUUUUAAAAACUACAUCACUUUUUAGGUUUUGGUUUUUAAAUCUUGUAUAUAAUAUAAAUACUUGAUAUAUGGUAUUAAUUACUUUCAUUCCUGUUUUUACAUUUUAAUGUUACAUUUUCUUUAAUAUGGUGUAUUUGACAGUGUUAUUAUUYUAUCCAUUUGAUGACUGAAAGAGAUAGUUCAUAUAAUCCGCUGGUGAAGACUGCCUGUCACUUUAUAUGCCGACUGCUUUCUUUAUAUGUGGCCAUUUUCAAAGUUUUGUAUUUGGUGAGCUCACAUACGGACAAAUAUUUAAUCAUGAAUCCCUUUGAGUUUUCUGUGUCUUCUUGCGUCAGCGUAAAUGUUCAUAGAGGGAAAACUUUGGAUCGAUGAGUAAGCAGCAAAUUCUCCAAAAGCUAGGAUUAAACCCCACUUUGUCUGAGCUCAGAUUUGCACCGUGCUUUCUGCUUAGUGUCAUAAAGACAAGUUUGGAACUGCUAUAUUUCACCAGCCUCGAAUCGCUCUGCAGAAUGUGGUCAUCGCUUGUUUGUUUGUUUGUUUGUUUUUCUUUUUUAUUGUCAGUCACCAGAAACAGAUGCAAAAGAUAAUAUGGAUCAGUUUGAAUUCAUGUCAGUGUGAACUGAUUUAAAGGGACGAAUGUUUUUCGGGGUUAAUGAAACUGUGUGGAGUACAUACUAACAUAGAUCAACAUGUAAACAUUUAUACUUUAUGAUACUUUGUCUAUGUGUGUGAGUGUGGACAAAUUUGAAUUAAACGUUUUUUUAAGGUUCAAAGAGAAAA